AUGGGUAAUAAACAAAGUACAAACAAUCAUCAUAAUCAUAAUCAUAAACAUGGUGAACAAGUUAAAGUAGUUGAACCACCAGCAGUUAUAGUAACUACACCUCCUCCACCUCCUACAGUUAUAGAAGAAUCUAAAAAGAUAGCAACAUUAAAUACAGAGUCAUCAGUUUUGAAUGAGGAGACAAUCAAAUUCCUAUCAAAGAAUAUGCCAGGUGACGGUUAUAGAAAUCAAUGGCACCUUUUAUUCUCUUCAACUAAACAUGGACAUAGUUAUAAUAGGUUCUGUGAUCAUAUCAAUGAUAAAGGAUCUACCAUUGUCAUUGUAAAGGAUGGUGGAGGUAAUAUAUUUGGUGGGUUUGCUGAUGAACCUUGGAAACCCAAGUAUCCCAAGUUUUAUGGAAAUGCAAAGAAUUUUGUAUUUAAAUUAAAUCCAACUUUGGAAGUUUAUAAAGCAACUGGAAAAGAUAAUAAUUAUCAAUAUUUAAAUGAAGGUACUUCAACACUUUAUAAUGGUGUUGCUUUUGGUGGUGUACAAUAUUUAUAUGGAUGGUGUAUAGAUGAUUCUUUUGAUUAUGGACAUAGUAAAGGAACAGAAGAUGGAAGUGGUAAAGAGUUUAGUUCAACCUAUUUUAAUCCACCAUUGUCGUCGACAAGAGAUUUUAAAUGUGUAUAUGUAGAGGUUUGGAUGGUAAAGGAACGUGUUUUAACAGAGGAAGAGCAAUUGGAGCGUGAUUAUCAAGAAGCAAGGAAAAAGAAAAAGGUUACUGGCGGUGGAUUACUAAGAGACGAGGACAAUGCAGAAAAGGUCAUCAUGACUCUAAUGGGUCAUAACUUCUCAGAGUUUAAUGAGGAUUUAUCAAAAGAAAAGUCUGGAAAAAAAUAA